UCUGGUGAUCUAAAACCUGUGAAGCGCAGCGGCAGCUUAGAAUGGCUGCCACCGACCAUGUCAGAUGAUCCACAACCUGUGAAGCGCAGCGGCAGCUUAGAAUGGCUUCCACCUACCAUGUCUGAGCUGAGAGUUGUUCUGCUGGGGAACAGCUGGUCUGAGAGGAGUUCAGUGGGGAACUUGAUACUGGGAGAGACUGUGUUCAGCACUGAGGAAGAACCAGACCACUGUGUGAGAGUCAGAGGACAGUUAAAGGACAAAGAAAUAGUUCUCAUCAACACUCCAGAUCUGCUGCUUCCCAACAUCUCUGAACACAAACUAAGAAAACAUGUAGAAAACUGUGUGAGACUCUCUGAUCCUGGACCUCAUGUGUUCCUGCUGGUUCUACAGCCUGAAGACUUCACUGAGGAACACAAACUGAGACUCUGCAGAGUCCUUGAAAAGUUAAGUGAGCGAUCAUUUGAUCAUUCACUGGUUCUGAUAUCAACACCCAGAGAGGAGAGUUCAGCUUUCGAAGAUUCUCCAUUAAAAGAGAUGAUCAGAAUGUGUAGAUACAGAUAUCUGAAGCAGGAAAACCUUGAACUUCCAGAGCUGUUAACACGUUUGGAGGAUGCAUGUUUGAAAACGAAACCAAAGUCUGAACACAUGAAACCAGCUCUAAACAUGGUUCUGUGUGGGAGGAGAGGAGCAGGGAAGACCUCAGCAGCCAAGGCCAUUUUAGGUCAGACAGAGCUUCAUUCAGUCUCCAGCUCAGAGUGUGUUAAACAUCAGGGAGAGGUGUGUGGACGUUGGGUUUCCCUGGUAGAGCUGCCUGCAUUGAAUGGAAAACCUCAGGAGGAAGUGAUGGAGGAAUCAUUCAGGUGUAUCUCCCUCUGUGAUCCUGAGGGCGUCCAUGCCUUCAUCCUGGUCCUUCCUGUGGGUCCCCUCACUGAUGAAGACAAGAAAGAGCUGGAGACCAUCCAGAACACUUUCAGCUCUCGAGUCAAUGACUUCACCAUGAUUCUGUUCACUGUGGAGUCAGAUCCUACAGCUCCAGCUGUUGUUAACGUUAUAAAGAAAGAUAAUGGCAUCCAGGAGCUCCGUCAGAGCUGUGGAGGAAGACAGUUUGUCCUCAACAUCAGGGACCAGCAGCAGAUCCCAGAGCUGUUGGAUGCUGCAGAAAAGAUGAGAGUGGAAGGAUCCAGAUGCUUCACAAUGAAGAUGUUCACCAAGGCUCAAGUGGAGAAGGUUACAAGACUUAGAGCCGAACUGCAGGAUGUGAAACAGAGUGUGAUGGGAGGUGACGAUCAACAUCAGAGCAGCGAGCCUCUCAGGAUAGUGCUGAUUGGACGGACUGGCAAUGGUAAGAGUGCAACCGGAAACACCAUUUUGGGAAAACAACACUUCACAUCUGGUGUCAGCAUCAGUUCAGUCACCAAGUUUUGUGAGAAAGCAACCGGAGAGAUUGAUGGGCGGCCUGUAGCUGUGGUUGACACUCCUGGCUUGUUCGACACGUCCAAUGAUGACGUUCAACAGGAGCUGGUGAAAUGCAUCAGCAUGUUGUCUCCUGGACCUCAUGUGUUCCUACUGGUGCUGCGGAUCGGUCGUUUCACACAAGAGGAAAAAGCCUCUGUGGAACUGAUCAAGAAAUGCUUCGGCAAGAAUUCAGGAGAUUUCAUCAUCAUUAUAUUCACCAGAGGAGAUGAACUGGAGGAUCAGUCAUUUGAGAGUUACAUAGAAAGAGACCGUGAAGGCUUUUUGACAAAACUGAUACAUGAAUGUAAAGGAAGAUAUCAGGUCUUCAAUAAUAAGAAUAAGAAAGACCACACACAAGUCAAGGAACUGAUGAAGAUGUCCUACAAGAUGCUGAAGGAAAAUGGCGACAGCUUCUACACCUCAGAGAUGUUUCAAGAGGCUGAGGAAGCCAUACAGAAGGAGGUGGACAGGAUCCUGAAGGAGAAAGAGGAAGAAAUGAAGAAACAGAAGGACGAGCUGCAAAGGAAACAUGAGGAGGAAAUGGAAGCAGUGAAAAGAAAAAUGGAACAACAAAGGUCAGAAAUUGAACAAGAAAGAGCCAGACAACUUAAAGAAAUGGAGAAUAACAUCAACAAGGAGCGUGAGGAGAGAAAGAAAGAACAGGAAAAGAGAAAAGAAGAAGAAAGAGAGAAGCAAGGCCAGGAAGAACUUCAACAACAAGAGUGGGAGAAAAAACUUGCAGCUCUGGAGAAAAAAAUAAAGUCAGAAUCAAAGGAGAAGAAAACCAUUGAUAGAGAGUUGGAGCAAAGCAAAGAAGAGCUUAGAAAGCAACGAGAGGACUGGGAAAAGAAACAAAAAGAAUGGUGGGACAAACGGAAUCAAGAAGAUGAUCAGAAACGACAGGAGGAGAAAACAAGAAUAAGAAAGCUACAAGAAGAAUACGAGCAGGAAAGAGACAAACAUGAAAAGAAAAGAAAAGAAGAAGAUCGAAUCAGAAGGGAACAGGAGGAGAAGGAGAGAAAAGAUCUGGAGGAAAACUAUAAGAAGAAACUGGAGGAGAUGAAGAAGAAAUAUGAAGAGGAGGCCAGAAAACAAGCUGAAGAGUUCAAUGAGUUCAGACAGAAAUACACCAAGGACUUUUCAGCGUUGGUCGACAAGCACAUGGAAGAAAUCCAGGAAUUGAAGCAAAAGCAUAUGUGUGAACACCUCAUUGGUCAGGAGAUCUCUGACACCACAUGGGUCUACUGUAAAGAGUAA